AUGUACGCUUUCGCGUUGGCAUUAUUCGUACUAGGCUACUUUAUCGUAAAGCCUGUCAUUGUCUAUUUCUAUGAUGCAAAAGGCCUGAGAAAGUAUCCCAACUUUUACUUCUUGUCUGGUAUAUCCGAUUUACCUUUCCUCUAUGAGUCGCACAAAGGCUUCAGAUCCCGGAAUCUCUUUGAAGCUCAUAAAAAGCAUCCUGUUCUACGCAUCGGUCCAAAUGCCCUAUCUUACGCAGACCCACGAGCUAUCAAGGAUAUUUACGGUCAUGGCACCUCCUGCAUCAAGGACAGGUUCUAUUCCGAGACUGCAGGAACUCAUUCUCACCUCGCCGAUGUUGUGGACAAAAGCGAUCAUGCCAGGAAGAGAAAAAUAUUGUCUAGUGCCUAUGCAUUGAAGAAUUUAGAGGAAUGGGAGUUCAAGGUCGCCGACGUUACUGGCAAACUUAUCAAGGCCUUCGAUGCUCGAUGCACGGAUCCUCUUCCGCCAAGUCAUGUGCCUAAGAAGCAAGACCUUACAGUUGACUAUAGGAACUGGACGGUCCUAUUUGCCUCGACAGCAAUUGCAAACAUUGGACUCAGUGAAGAUCUGGGUUUCCUCAACGAAGGAUCUGAUAAGGUCCCUUCUGAAAGCAAAGACGGUACCGUCAAGGAGGUUUCAUUCCGAGAAUGCCAUGCAGCCACUGGUCGAGUCUCGUACCAGCUGGUGUGGGCUUACGACUGGUUCAAGACCUUGAAAAGAGUCAGCAAGUCGAUUUCUUCCGAGUAUUGUCGAAUGUGGAAGUUGGAUGAUGAUUGGGGCGGGAUAGUUUACAACCGUGCAACGACUCGUCUGAAGCGGUACUUGGCUGGAGAAAAGCUUGACGACUUCUUCAGUGCCAUGAUGGAGGAUAAACAUGGAUCUCCACACAACUUGGAAUGGGGUGAGAUUGUCGCAGAGAUUAACAUUAUGAUGAAUGCCGGCCACGAUACGACAGCGAUCUCUCUUCGCAACUCUCUUUUCUUUCUUUUGAAAAACCCACACUGCAUGCAAAAGCUCCGCGAAGAGCUUGACCAGACCCUUGAUGAGGACGAUAUUGUUGCUCCCUAUGGGAAAGUGAAGCACUUACCAUAUCUCCGCGCCUGUAUCGACGAAAGUUUGCGCAUGCUUCCACCAGUGAUUUUUGGCCUUCCACGUCGCACCCCUCUCGAGGGUACCUCUAUUCUUGAUGACUAUAUCUCUGGAGACACCUCGGUCAGUAUGUCAGCCUACGUGAUCCAUCAUCAAGAAUCAAUCUUCAGGGACCAUGAUGCAUACAAGCCAGAGCGUUGGUUGGGUGAAGAUGGAAAGGCUCUGCAGCCCUAUUUUGUCCCAUUCAGCACUGGUGCAAGAGGUUGUAUCGGUCGCAAUAUUAGCUACUUGGAGCAAACAGUUCUAGUCGCGUCGUUAGUCCACCGUUUCGAUUUUGCCUUACCAUCGCCGGACUGGGACCCUCCCGUUCGAGAGACCACUAAUCUGAGCCCUGGGCCAAUGCCUUUAAAGGUCUGGAGGAGAUCUAGGGUCUAA